CUCUUUCUCUCCCCCAACAGUCUGUUGCCACCUAAAGCACACAGAGGAGAAGAAGUCUGAAGAAGCCACCGGACGCUUCCGAUCCUCUCCGUUCCUCUGCGUAUAUAAGCUCCGUAGCCAUCUUCCCCUUGCUUCGUCAGGUACCUUACGUCGUUGUCCGAAGACAAAUUCGCGUAACUGCGGCUCGUAUUCUCUUUGCGUGACUGUGUGCGUGUAAGAUCAUCAUCGGAGGAGAAGAAGAAUGGCGGAUGUGCACAUGGGAGAAUCCGAGACCUUCGCCUUCCAGGCGGAGAUCAAUCAGCUCCUCAGCCUCAUCAUCAACACUUUCUACAGCAACAAGGAGAUCUUCCUCCGCGAGCUCAUCAGCAACGCCUCCGAUGCUCUGGACAAGAUUCGGUUCGAGAGCUUGACGGACAAGAGCAAGCUUGAUGCUCAGCCCGAGCUGUUCAUCAGGAUUGUCCCCGACAAGGCCAACAAAACUCUCUCCGUGAUCGAUAGCGGAGUCGGGAUGACCAAAGCAGAGAUGGUGAACAACCUGGGGACGAUUGCGAGGUCAGGGACUAAGGAGUUCAUGGAAGCGCUGCAGGCUGGGGCUGAUGUCAGCAUGAUAGGGCAAUUCGGUGUGGGGUUUUACUCGGCCUACCUUGUCGCCGACAAGGUUGUUGUCGUCACGAAGCACAAUGAUGAUGAGCAGUAUGUCUGGGAGUCUCAAGCUGGUGGGUCUUUCACCGUUACUCGGGACAUUAAUGGUGAGCCGUUGGGCAGAGGGACUAAAGUCACGCUCUUCCUCAAGGAUGAUCAGCUCGAGUACUUGGAAGAGAGAAGAUUGAAGGAUCUUGUGAAGAAGCAUUCUGAAUUCAUCAGCUAUCCAAUCUAUCUCUGGGUCGAGAAGACGGUUGAGAAAGAAGUCAGUGACGAUGAGGACGAGGAAGGCAAGAAGGAAGAGGAGGGCGAUGUUGAGGAAGUAGACGAGGACAAAGAUAAGAAGUCCAAGAAGAAGAAGGUUAAGGAGGUGACCCAUGAGUGGCAGCAGAUCAACAAACAGAGACCAAUUUGGCUCCGCAAACCGGAGGAGGUGACCAGAGAGGAGUAUGCUUCUUUCUAUAAGAGCUUGACCAAUGAUUGGGAAGAUCACCUUGCCGUCAAGCACUUCUCAGUUGAGGGACAGCUCGAGUUCAAAGCCAUCCUAUUUGUCCCAAGGAGAGCACCUUUCGAUCUUUUCGACACAAGGAAGAAGAUGAACAACAUCAAGCUAUACGUGAGGAGGGUUUUCAUCAUGGACAACUGUGAGGAGCUGAUCCCUGAAUACCUCGGGUUCAUCAAGGGCGUUGUCGACUCCGAUGAUCUACCCCUUAACAUUUCCCGUGAGACACUGCAGCAGAACAAGAUCCUUAAGGUGAUCAGGAAGAAUCUGGUCAAGAAGUGCAUUGAGAUGUUCUUUGAGAUUGCAGAGAACAAGGACGACUAUACGAAAUUUUAUGAGGCCUUCUCGAAGAACAUUAAGCUCGGCAUUCACGAAGAUAGUCAGAACCGGGCGAAGCUUGCGGACUUGUUGAGGUAUUACUCGACCAAGAGCGGGGAUGAGAUGACUAGCUUGAAAGACUAUGUGACAAGGAUGAAAGAGGGCCAGAAGGACAUUUAUUAUAUUACAGGUGAGAGCAAGAAGGCUGUUGAGAACUCUCCCUUCCUGGAGAGGCUGAAGAGGAGGGGUUACGAAGUCCUUUUCAUGGUUGAUGCGAUCGAUGAGUACGCAGUCACGCAGUUGAAAGAGUAUGAUGGGAAGAAACUGGUCUCUGCAACGAAAGAGGGACUGAAACUCGAUGAUGAGUCGGAGGAGGAAAAAAAGAAAAGGGAGGAGAAGAAGAAAUCCUUUGAUAAUCUAUGCAAGACGAUCAAGGAGAUACUGGGCGAUCGUGUCGAGAAAGUGGUUGUAUCGGAUCGUAUUGUGGACUCUCCCUGCUGUCUCGUGACAGGGGAGUAUGGAUGGACAGCAAACAUGGAGAGGAUCAUGAAGGCUCAGGCGCUGAGGGACAACAGCAUGAGUGCAUACAUGUCGAGCAAGAAGACCAUGGAGAUAAACCCCGAUAACGGUAUCAUGGAGGAGCUGCGCAAGAGGGCCGAGGUGGACAAGAACGAUAAGUCGGUGAAGGAUCUCGUCCUGUUGCUGUAUGAGACUGCCCUGCUGACUUCCGGGUUCAGCCUCGACGACCCGAACACAUUCGCGUCGAGGAUCCACAGGAUGCUGAAGCUUGGGUUGAACAUCGAGGAGGAUGCGAGCGUCGGCGGGGAUGCCGACAUGCCCCCGCUGGAGGAGGCAGGAAAUGAGGAGAGCAAGAUGGAGGAAGUUGACUGAGUUGCGAAGGUGUUGGAAGUGAGAGAUGAUGAGGGCCGGAUGCUUGGAGCCGACAGUGAAGAGGUUUUGGGAUGUCUGUCUUAUGUGUAUGUGUAUGUUACUUCAAACUAUAUAUAUGUAGCUUGUAAUAGUGAUGUGAAUAAAAACGUCAACAUAUAGUUUGCUAUCA